CCAAUUCGGCUGUCAGAGAGAGAGAGAGAGAAGAUGGGGGACUCGAGAAGUCGGAUUUCUCGGCCCGACGCCAUCGUCGACCCGCGGUUCUGCGCGUCGUACCCGAUCGACCUCACGUUCUUCAUCGACGCCGCCUGGUUGAAUUGUGACCACCUCGCGGUGACCGACAUCAACGGCAACGUCGUCUUCAAGGUCGAAGCCCGUAAGUGGAACCUCAGAAACAGGCAGGUGGUCGUCGACGCCUCCGGCAAGCCUGUGAUUUCGAUGCAGCAGAAGCUGCGUAGCGUCCAUGACCGGUGGCAGGUCUUCAAGGGAGAUAGCUCGGAUCCUAAAGACCUGCUAUUUAGCGUCAGGAGGAGUUCUGCUCUCCAAUUCAAGACCGAGUUGGACGUGUUCUUAGCUGCCAACACGGAGGAGGAGGUGUGUGACUUCAAGAUGAAGGGAAGCUACCGCAAGAGAUCAUGCACGGUGUACAAGGGAGAUUCUUCCACGGAGGUCGCACAGAUGAGCAAAGAAUACAAGUUUGUGAACAGCUCAGUAUCCAAGAAUGCUUUUGGGGUGGCCAUCAGCCCAAACACUGAUCACUCCUUCAUAGCUGCCCUGCUCAUAAUUCAACAUGAGCUCCUGCUCCAUAAUGAACACUCUGAAGCCUCAGGUGCAGUCGUAGGAGGAAUCUCCGAUGGAAUCUUCCAAGGACUCGCAGCUGCAUUAGGUGGAUCCUAAUUCUCCCAACCUGCUAAUAUAACAAUGAGUGACUUCCCCUGCAAAUUGUAACUAUAGAUUGGUAUUCUGUGAAGACUUGAAGAAUGUUCAUGAAAGACUUGGGUUGCAGUUCUUUUCA